AUGCGAAUCACGCUUUAUGCUGCUACUUUGCUCCUCGUCGUUCCAGCGGCUACUGCUCAGCUUAACGUAUGGGCGCGUAUUGCUGGGAAGCAAUACUUUGGGUCAGCGACAGACAACUACGAGCUCGCUGACAAGCCUUACUUCAAGCAGCUCUCAAACACUCUGGACUUUGCUCAGAUUACUCCAAGCAACAGCAUGAAAUGGUUCGCCACGGAACCUGAGCGAGGAAACUUCACAUUUGCUGGUGGCGAGGAAAUUGUCGCGUUCGCGAAGAAGAAUCGUCAACUCGUCAGAGGUCACACCUGCGUUUGGCAUAGCCAGCUGGCGCCAUGGGUCGAAGCUGGCAACUUCGAUAACGCUACCCUCAGCACUAUCGUAAGAGACCACAGCUACAACUUGGUCAGAAACUUCCGAGGCGACUUCACCCAUGACAAGUCCACUGGGAUGUCGUCAACGGCGUUCAACGAAGAUGGAACCUUCCGCGAGACGGUCUUCUACAAGACCAUCGGCCCGUCCUACAUCGACAUUGCCUUCCAUGCUGCCCGUAAAGCCGAUCCCAAAGCCAAGCUUUACAUCAACGACUACAACAUCGACGGCCUGGGCCCAAAAUCCACCGGUGUGAUCAACCUCGUCAAGCAGCUGAAGAAGAACAAAGUCCCUAUCGACGGCAUCGGCGUACAAGGUCACCUCAUCGUUGGCCACGUCCCCACCACAAUCAAGGAGAACCUGCAGGCCUUCGCAGACCUCGGCGUCGACGUCGCAAUUACGGAGCUCGACAUCCGCAUGACACUCCCUGUGACGCCGGAGCUCCUCGAGCAACAGAAGAAGGACUACCAAACCGUCAUUGCGGCGUGCAGGGCAGUUAAAAAGUGCAUUGGUGUAACGAUUUGGGAUUGGACUGAUAAGUAUUCUUGGGUGCCAGGUGUUUUCGAUGGAGAGGGUGCUGCUUUGCCUUGGGAUGAGGACCUCAAGAAGAAGCCUGCUUACGACGGCAUCGUCGACGGUUUCACAAAGCUCUAG